AUGAAAACGCAAAAAGGCCUAUUCAGAAGGUAUGCGAAGCAGGUCAUCCAGAAACUCAUAAAGUAUACAAAAAAUUACGUAAAAGAUAUAACUGAUGAGAUAAAUGUAAAAUCAUUUAAGAAAUACAAGUACAACUUUUUUUUCGAAUUUAUUGGAUCCUUUAUUUUUGUUUUUUUCAUUUCUGUGUAUAUGUUAAAUUCAAACCAAAAUGAGGAAUACGUAAUUAAACACACGAAGCAGAUUAACCCAUACAAAAACAACGACAUAUUUAUCCCAGGCGACAAUCUCUUCGAUAACGAAAUCAACAAUGUGCAGUACGGAAAUGAUUUAAAUGGGCCAACAAAUGUGGCGAGUAUUUUACUGGAACAGAAGGAUAAAGGAGAGGAUGCAACUUUUAAAACGAAGGAGGAACACUCCAACGUGGGCCCAAUGGUUAGCAAAGCGGAAGGGAAUAAUCGCACAAAUCGCCUGAAUGGGUCAGAAAAUAUUGAAUAUGUAGCGGAAGAAACAAAGGAGAGCCUUGUGCACACACAUGAGAUGGGAGAUGGAACCUCCGAGGAAUAUUCCACGAAUGAUAGACAGAAAAGUGUAAACGGGGUAAGUGGAAAUAAUGACGUGUUGAGAUCUGUGGAGAAGGAUGAGACGAAAAAGACGGAUUCCCCAAAUGGAUACGCUGAAAGGAGCGGAAAUCAGCAGGAAGUUCUAACACAGUCAGAGAAACACUCCGAGGGGGUAGUAGAAAAGGGCACCGCUGGAGAUGUUGAAGGAGGGGGAAACAGAGACACACAAAGUGGCCAACUCGAAGCAAAGAAGCAGGAAGAAAAAAACGCGAAGGAACUAACCAAGGAGGGACUCACCCAGGAAAGACUCACCCAGGAGGGACUCACCCAGGAGGGACUUACCCAGGAAGGACCCCCCCAGGAGGGACUCACCAGAAAUGUCGGAACGGUCAUUUUUAAAGACCAUGUGAACGAAUUCAGCAAGAUAAAAUUAAACGACAUUAACAACAUCGAUUUGGGGGAUAUUGAUAAAUACGAAGUGAUGAAAGAUUCUGGAAAUAAAAAUAAUAGCAACCAUGCAGUUUACUCCUUCUUUGGGUGUUUAAUAUAUGUCUUAUUUGUAAUAUUAGGGGCACACAUCAAUCCUGCAUAUACCUACGCGUUAUGGCUAGUGGAGCCCAAAAAAUACGGAUUUGUAAUCACCACGUGUUACGUUACAUUUCAGUACUUUGGGGGCAUUUUGGCAAGUAUCCUAUGCGCACAUAUGUACGGAAGUAUAUUUAUCUAUGCACUGUUACCAAAAAAGGAAAUUAUGAAAACGUUUUUUUGUGAAUUUAUUUCCACCUUUCUGCUAACCCUACUGUUGUUAAGUUUGUAUAAUUACAAAAAAAAAUUUAUGGAAGAAAAUAAAAAUGAAAAUUCGCUCAUUUUUAACACGGCGAAGGGGAAAAAUAUGACGUCACUGUACUCGUUCAGCAGUUAUGAAGAUAUGUACGGAAGUGAUGCUUUUAAUUCAUGUAACUGGGGAGGCAGAAAUGAAAAAAUUUUCUUUCACGUGGACAAUAAAUAUAUAAAAUAUGCAAUGAAUCAUAUAUUUUAUUUACUGUUCAUUUUUUUUUCUUUACUCUUUUUUGUUUUUGUAACGAACACGACGUUAAAUCCAAUGUUCUCCACGUCCACACUGUACACUUAUUUAUACUUUAAAUUUUUUCAAGCGAAUGGUUCUUUUAAUAUCUCUUCCGUUGUGUUAUCCUUUUUAAGUGUUUCAAAAAUAUUGCAGUUGGUGAAAUUGUACAUUACGUCGUUGCCCCUGUGGAUAGGGCCGUAUGUCGGGUCCGCCUUUGCGACAGCCUUUAUGAAAUUGUUCAGGGAAGGAGAAGAAGAAAUUGUUAAUGUGAUUGACACCAAUGUGUAUAGCAGUAACAAAGGGAAUGAGAGGAUGCCGCUGAUAGGGAAACAUAACGUCAAGCGAAAUGCCUACCUUGUGGAAUAUGACGAUAAUAUUCACCAUAAUUUGAGCAACUACUUAAUUCCGAGUGUCUUUUAA